ACUGUUUGUUAAGUCUUUGUUGUGACGAUGAUUUUACGAAGUGGGAAUUGAAUUUAAUGUAUUAUGUAGUAAUUAGACGGUUUAUUGAAAGUAUUGUGUUUGUUUAGAUUGUUUAAAUAAAUAAAAAUGAAUUUGGAAGUGGCGAAAAACUCAGAGUUAGACAAUAUUCAAAAUAUUUGUCGAUUAUGUUCUGGGACUGUACAAUUAGUGUCCGUUUUCAAUAAGAUGGAUGGUCCCAAACCGUUAGUGGAAAUAGUAACUGUACUAACAACAAUUCAGAUCAGCAAAGAAGAUAAGGUGUCCCAAAAAAUGUGCAAUAAAUGCAUCAACAAUAUAGUAAAAAUGUUUGAGUUUAGAGAACAAUCUAUAAGAAACGAUAACCGACUGAAGAUAACUAAGGAAGAUAAGGUGUCCCAAAAAAUGUGCCAUAAGUGUGUCAGUAUUGUAAUUAAGACAUAUCAGUUUAGAGAACAAGCCAUUAGAAAUGAUGAAAGUCUUAAGGCAAAAUAUGCAAAACUUACAAAAAGCCAACCAGAAAAGACUAGACCAGCAAAUACAACUGAAACAAUCUUCAAGUGCAAAGACGAAGUAAAAACUGAAGAUGUAAAUUUAAAAGUAAAAGCUACCAAGGUUGAGAAACCUCAUCCGUAUAUCGUUCAUCCUAGUGUUACUGCAAUUUUUAAAAAGUAUCCUACCAUGCGAAUACCUACAGUGUGUAUUAAUUCUAAUAUAAGUCCAACUGUGGUUAUGAAGAUGGACGAGGUGGAAAAUUAUUUUAGGUGGAAAAGAUCAAACUUGAAUAUACAGCACGAUGUAAAUAUAGUUACGAAGGAAAAGCAAGUGGCUCGGAAAAGUACUUCCAUAAUUGCUUCAACUUCAAAAAACGUGGUAUCUAGAAAUGUUUUGUGUGAAGAGAACUGCAAUAACUCAAAGAAUAUUGACGUAUUGUAUACUACUAACCGCAAAAGAAAAUUAUCCGACAGUAGUAGUUCUUCGCAUCAAAGUGCUAAGAAGCCUUUACUUGAUGAAACUGCAGGCACUCCAGUUGACUCAAGCCCUAGUCCUGUUCCGUCAACACUUGGUGAUAAUAUUUCUGAGUUAUCUUUCGCUAGAUCUGAGAAGCUUCAUGUCUGUAAUAUUUGCAAUUCCGUUUAUUCUGGAGCUUCAAACUUAAGAAAACAUAAGUUUAAACAUCUGCGUUGUCAGUUUUGCAAGAAAAAAUUUAAAACUUUUGUGUUAAAAGAUACUCAUGUUAAGAACGAUUGUAAAAUACAGAAAAUCCUGAAAUCUAUGGUCAACUUACCCGAUAUCCCUCUGCAAAAAAUAGAAUGUAAUGUAAAAAUACGAGACAAAUUCCGAAAAGCUUUUGCAGCUUUUAAUCUUAUUCCCAAGGAAGAUGCUAAUAGGCUAAAAUCAAGAAUUCCCAACACUGGACAAACUAAAGUAACUUCAGAUAUUAUUGAAAUUCUUUCAGAUGAAGAUGAAGGAGAAUGCGAAGAGGAUAGUGAUUCUUUGUUUACGGAGAUUAUAAUAAAAGAUAAAUUCAUUGAAGGGCUUAAAACUGAUACAGAUUCAGACACAGAACUUCUUCAGAAUUUGUUAAGCCAAUGUAACACAUCGAAUAAAAAAGUUUGUGAAUCAACUCAAACUAACAUCCCGACUAAGUCGUCGAUAACAUUUAACCAUGCAAAUUCUUCAAUCCAAUUGAAAUUUUUAAAGUCAAUGUUGAAUUUUCAUCAAAUACCCAUUUGUGUAAAUUACGGUUCAUGUUUCAAAAUAUCCUACAAGAGAACUUCUGAAAUCGUAGAAAAGAAAAAGUUGCAUCACUGGAACGAUUUAACUUGUUGUGAUAUUAAUUUUAACGACACAUCUUUGGAGGAACUUGAUUCUAUUAACGUUGAAGUCACGCCAGAUAUUAUAACAUACGACGAUACUGCUGUAUCAACAGAAGAUGAAAUCUUAGUAGAAGAUAUCUAUGCUCGAUCUGUACCAAUAUUUUAUAAAAUUCCUGAAAAAACGACUGACGCUGAGGCUAAUAAAACAUCGGCUGACUCGCAAUAUAUCACAAAAGGCACAUGUGUCACAACACCCGAUCAAACUAAAAAUAGCCAAGAUGAAAAAUCUUACUCCAAAAAGUCAGAUGUUUAUGAAGAUAUCGUAGUAAUUGAAGAUGAUGCUGAAGUUACAGAAGUAUUAAAUAGUGAAGAACAUACUAAAGAAAAUAAAAUUAAUAAUACUACAAAACUAGAUAUUACUGGCGAAAGUGUGGGCGGGACGUCAAGUAAAACUAAACAAAUUAAAUUUAUCGCAAAAUAUUAUACAAAAGAUUCAAACAAUACAGACAUAUUCUAUGAAGAAAGUGAUAUUGUGAUCACAACUGAUUUACCCAAAACUAAUACGCUAGUAGAUCACAAGGCAAAGGAUCCAAGUGUUGAAAAAAAAUGUACUGAAAAUAAAAAAUCGACUGCCAUUAGUGAUAAAAUGACAGAACGUGUUAGUUUGGAAGUAAAGCAAGCCUGUUACGAGGUCAUAAAGGAAAAAUCAAAUAUAGAUAAAAUUAACAUUCAAUCUGACUGUAUCACAAAAGAAAAUGACACUGAAUCUGAAAAAGAAACAUCAAACAAUAAAAAAAAUAAUCAAAAUAGUGUAGGGGUAGAUCAAGACGGUGAUGAAACUCUAGAACAAGUAUUAAAUCAAACUAAUUUAGAAAAAGAUGACUCAAAUCACAGCAAUGUGGAGCUGAUUAUUAAAAAAAUGUCAAAGAACGUAGAUGAGACGCCAAAUAAAACUAGUAUGAUUAUAAGCGGUACUGCUGACAAGAAUUUAAAAAAGAAUAAUGAUAAUGCACACACAAAAGAAACGAACAAACGAAUAACAAAAAACUUAUUGUUGAAUCGCUUGUUGAAUAAUCGAAAAGAUGUAGGUCAGAAUAGUUUAUUAACACAUAAUAUUGAAUUGAUUGAAGAUUUAUCAAAGGAUCUAACAAAUGAAAAAAUUGCUGAAAAUACCAACUCAAAUAACGUUGAUAAAAAAACAUCAGCCCAAACUGAGAUAGGCCAAUCCGAUUGUGAAAUUGUGAUAGAUAAAAUUAAUGAAACUAUGAACAAAGAUAACAACAAUAUCGAUAUAGAAGAAAAAAGUUAUAAAGAAAAUAUUUUAGGGGACAUUAUUGUUAUAGAUGAUAAUGAAUCAUCAGAAGAAACAGUACAUGAACAAAUAGUAAAAAACGGUGUAGACUCCAAUCUAGACUAUUGUGUAAUUUCAGAUGAAGAACUAGAUCAAGAUGAAUCCAUAAAAGAAACAAUAGAUGAUGAAAGUUCGAAAAAAACUUACACGCAACUAUAGCAUUUAAAAAUAAAGUAGAUCAAAUUGAUAAAAACGAUUAUUGCGAAAGUCAGUAGCCAAAGACACUUAAACUAAAAACAAAGAAUUCUCAAAUCUGAGUGAUCUCACCAAAUCGAAUUAAAAGCAUUAAAUCAAAUUAAUAUUUAAUUAUGAUUUUUGCUAAUAAAGAUCGUGUGAAUCAAUAUUAACAACAACGAGAAAGAGCGAAGAAAACAUUUGAAUCACCAAGACAAUUGAUUUCGUAGAUCAUAUUUGAAAGUAUUUUAUAAAUACAGACAUUUUUCUAGAAAGACUGCUAUGAACUUGCAUUAUACUUAGUUUUCUAUUACUUUGUUACCGUGUAAAUUUUUGGUUAUAAAUCUAAUUUUCUUA